AUGACGAAUAUGGCAUGCACCUUCUAUCGAGAGAUUCCUUCCUUCGAACUUCGUUUUGCUUGCAAUUUCAAAGGUUGCCUUGAUGAUCGUCCGAUGAGUAUGAUGGGGGCCAUCGAACACCAGGCGUUCCAUUUUUGUGAAGUUUACAAAACGCAAGCUCAUUUCAAUUUUAAAUGUGAGUACUGUAACGUCUAUCAUGUGAAUAAAAGCCAUCACCGUCUUUGCUUGGACGACAAAACUGGAAUUGGACAUUUACCCCAUUUACGAUCAAUCUACACGGUUCCUAUGACCGAUCCGGAGUUCCACAGCUGUGUGGACUUUAGUCGUUUUGCAAACCAUCAUAUGAUUGCCGUAACUGCUGAAGGAGUUCGCCUUGUCCCUUGUGACCUUGACACAUCGUUGCCGGGUCCCGGUAUCGAUGAUAACUCUUCCUAUGGCAGGAAGAGUUCCAGUGUUUCCUACCGUGACCUCGAUAACUGUGACGAAAACUCGAACUCAGAAAAGUUUGGACGUCCGGGAGGAUUUCAAGAUAGAAAUCAAUCUGGUAACCGUGAAUUCCGAGGGCGUGGCCGUGGCGGUCCUCGAGGACGAGGAGAGCGUGGAUUUGGUCGCGGGCGCGGUCGUGGUGGUGGACAUCGUGAUGAUGAUAAUGGGCGUGAAAAUAGUUUCCGCGGACGUGGUCGUGGUCGAGGAGCUGAUCAUCGUGGUGAUACCAAUAACUCCUACCGCUCAAGAGACUCGUUCGGUAACAAAACAACACGACUACCAUCGAGUCAAAGCCGAAAAGAGACCGUUCGUACUCACGUUCGGGUAGUCGUAGCCCGUGUUCGCCAUUGGCCAAGAAAACGAACACUGGUCCGUUCGUUGGUCAAAACUCACGCGCUCGUUCGUACUCUCGCUCAAGAAGUAACAGUCCGCUUCCGUCUGCUGCAAAGAAGUCAACCAAUGGUGAUAACGAGGUUCUUCGUUAAGAAAACCGUCACCACACAGAAGGAAACGAAACCAAUCAUUUCAAUCCUCGUUCAUAUACACGAACAAGCAACAGCCCUAAAAUUUAUGAAGCUAGAACAAAUGAAGUCAAUGAAUCGGAGAAAAGUAGGAGUGACCGCUCAUACUCUCGUUCGGGGAGCAGAAGCCCCGUUCUGGCAGCUUCUACAAAGAAUUCCACAUCAGGAAGUCGACCAGCAAGGUCAUACUCGCGAAGCAGAAGCCGCAGUCGUACUCCUCCAAGGAAUGACGUCAACAAUAAUAGUGCAGCAAUACUAG